UUUCCUGGAGACGGACAUUUUCCUGAAGAAUUAAAUGAAAAAAGCUUAAGGGCAAGUGUUCUGGAGUGUUAUACUGAUGGGGAACUGAUUCUCACUCAGUAACAAAAAUCUGCAACAAAGACCCGGAGCUGAUUACAAACCAUGGAUGUUUUAAACCCAGAUGACUACAGCUAUGAGGACUAUUAUAACGCAGAAGGACUUGAGGAAUUUGGGCUCUGCAAGAAGACACAUGUAAAGGAAUUCAGCCAUGUGUUUCUUCCUGUGUUCUACUCCGUUACUUGUGUAUUGAGCAUUAUUGCCAAUUUGACCCUUCUAACAUUGUUCAUCAAAUACAAAUCUCUGAGGAAGGUGUUGCCUCUGCACAUGGUCAUAUCAGAUAUUCUUUUCACAGUCAGCCUUCCCUUCUGGGCAGUGUAUGCCAGCAGUGAGUGGAUCUUUGGUGAUCAAAGCUGUAAGGCAAUCUCAUUGGUUUACAUGGUGAGUUUGUAUAGCAGCAACCUGUUUGUUGCUAGUCAGAGCUUGGAGAGAUUUAUGGACCUUGCAUGUGUUGUUUCUACCACCAGCAUUUUCAAAAGUCCAAAGAGGAAUACUAUCGUGUGCAUUUUGGUGUGGCUUUUCUCAGUUUUGUGUGCGGCUGUUCAUGUCAGCUUCGUUGAGACGCAAACGUUCCACGACCAGUACAUUUGCACUUAUCACUUCAAUGAUAAAGUCGGUUGGAAAAUCUAUGCAAGAUUUCAGAUGAACAUACUUGGGUUCGUCGUACCGUUUCUAGUGCUCCUAUUCUGUUCCAUCAGACUACCAUGUGUUGCUGAGGUGAGGAGCGCGUUCAAGGUGUUUAGACACGAAGCUGGAUUCACCGUCAUGUUUUUUCUCCUCUGGUUCCCCUACAGUGUGGUCAUUUUCCUGUAUGCUUUGCAAGACCUUCACAUUUUUUAUGCAUGCACCACUAACAUACACUUUGACUUUGCCAUUCAUGUGACAGAAUGUAUCACUUUCAUGCAUGUUUUCAUCAAUCCUGUUCUGUACAUCUUUUUAAACAAAAAAGUCUGGCGACGACUCAGAAAUGCCUGCAAAACUCCAAUGGAGUAUCUGCUUGAGGAAUCCAACAGUUCAUUUGUCAUGUCAAGUGAGGGUGGAGCUAUAGAGUUGAAGGCGGUUCAGCGAUAUCAAGCUCAUGACCUGAGCAUUAGUGCUGAACGACCUAAUAACUUCUUACCUGAGCCAAUGUAAAAGCUUAAUUUCGUUUAUCGCAGCUUUUAAUAGUUAUGCCAACAAUGCUGUUUACACUGCACUACUCUUUUCACUGUUUAUGUUAACUUGUAUUUAUAUCCCAAUACAUAAUGUUUUCAGUAAAAUUUGUUGAAGUUCUUUCCACAAGCAAUGGCUGAUCUAGCAAAUAUAAAACCAUGCAUGUGUGAGCCUGUGAGGUGUCCAAAAAGGAGUAUAUUACUGUAUAUCA